UAAACUGAUUGAUUGAGUUCCAUCAAAAUCAGUCUUCUCCUUGGAUCGAAACGAUUACAUCGGAGAGAAAAAAAAAUAUCGAACAUGAAGAUCGCUCUUUUUGUUCUCGGACUCUUCGUAGUCUCAGCUUUCGCUGGUGAAAUUCAACCUCAACCAAUUCGAUUUAAAGUUGAUCAAAUUUACAAAUAUGAUUACAGUGGCCACGUUUUAACCGGAUUACCUGAAUCAGGCUCAAGCCUUUACUCUGGUCAUCAAUUGAACUCAACUGUUGAAUUGUCCAUCAUCAAAUCCUCACGAUCAGGUGACAAUGGAAAGACCAUCAUCAAGAUGGAAUUGACCAACAUUGUCUUGGGUCAUUUACUCGAGGAGGUAAACGCUGUCGAGAAGGCAACUUUCAUCAAAGACGAUCUUAAACAAAAAGUUCGUGAUGUUUUAGCUCUUCCCGUUCAAUUUACUUUCAAUGAGGAUACCGAAUCCUUUGAAUGGAUUGAGGUACAAAAAUCUGAUGCCCCUUGGUCAGUUAACAUCAAGAAGUCAAUCAUUGAUUUGCUCCAAUUGAACAUUGUUGGUAAAAACGCUCGACGAAGUGCCAAUGAUGUCGAUCAAUCUGGUCUUCUCAAGGAUAUGCAACUUUCUAAUGGUUUAACCAGUUUCGGUGUCCAUGAAUCAACCAUCAAGGGUGAAUGUGAAACCAACUACCAAAUCGUUCAAGCCGCUGAUCCAACCAAAGUUCGAGAUGCUCUUCCUGGUGCUGAUAAAUUCCACUUUACCGUCAUCAAGACCCGAAACUUUGACAACUGUGUCUAUGAACCAUCAUUCGCUUCACACAAUUGGGAUCGAAAUGGUUGCGUUGAAUACUGCAAACGAUUUGCUGCUUCAACCCACAUUAAGAUGGACGAUUUGAACAAACAUCUUCCAAUUCCCGAUGAAACUGAAACCUCAUGUUCAUGUGAUCCAAAGGAAACUCAACCAGUUGACCAAUACUCAACCAUCCGAUACAACGUUACCUUAGACUCUGAAAGCCCAAUCAUUUCUGAAGCCUUAGGUAAGGGUAAGAUCAUCGUUGACAACCAUGGUACCAAGUUCGUUGUCUACACUCAACACUCAAUCGUAUUUGUCUCUGAGCAAAUCCAACGAAACAUUCCCCUCAUCCCAGAGGAAUCCGUUAUCCGAGUUAACGAGUUGACCUUCACUCUUUUCCCAUACAAGGGUAUGGAUGCUCAAGUUUACCCAAGCCACGUUAUCCCAGUUUACAACAUUUUGGUCCCAAAAUCAUCUGAAAACCUUGUUGGUCCAACUGUCGAUCUCUUAAACCAAGUUGCCAAGACUGUUAUGGAAGGUGCCUCAAACGAAGCUCAAUCCAAGGCCGCCUGGUACAUGGUUCAAGUUGUCCAAAACUUGGCUCACCUUUCAGCCCGAGACAUCAAACAAAUUUACGAUGACGAAGCCCGAAUUGAAGACAAGGAACGAUUCACCAACACCGAACACUCAGUUGUCCGACAACUUUUACUCGACGCUUUGGCUCACGUUGGUACCAAGGCUACCGCUGAAUGGUUCCAAAUGGUUCUCGCUGAAAAGUCACUCUCAGCCUAUGAAGAACGACGAUUCGUUGAAACCAUCCCACGAAACACAUACGCUCCAUCACGAACUCUUCUUGCCAUCAUGAAAGAGCAAAUCUCAAAGGCCGUCGAAAACAAAGAUUACGACAAACUUUCAGCUUUCGCUGUUACCUACGGUAAACUCAUCUCAAAGGCUUGUCAAUUUGAGGUUAACACUGAAUCAAACGAGAUCGAUGAAUCACUUGAGACCCGAUACGUUAAGGCCAACCAAAAGGUUUCCUCACGAAAUCUUGGCUCAGACUCACAAAUCGAUUACCCAGAAGCCGAAGAGAAAUGUACCAAACAAGAUGCCGACCAAUACAUUCGAGAACUUGUCAACCAACUCCAACAAGUUGAAGAUGUUAAAGGAAAAGUUGCCUUAGCUCAAGCUCUUGCCCACUCAGGUCAAUACUUGGCUCUUAAGGAACUCACCCCAUACAUCACUGGUGCCAUCAAAAAUACUGAAUGUAUCCAAUACGUUAACGGUUCAUCCGCUUCCGAUUGUAUCUUCCUCCGAUCAUCAAUCAUCUACUCUCUCCACCACAUGGUUCCCGUUUCACCAAAACUUUUACGAUCAAUUGUCCUUCCAGUUUUCCAAAACAAGUAUGAAUCAUACGAGCUUCGACUUGCUGCUUUCACCGUCUUCAUGGCCGCUGGUCCAAAGCCCCAUGAACUUCACGCUGUUGCUGAAGUCACUCGAGAUGAGACCAACCGACAAGUCAUCUCAAUGGUCCGAUCAGUCCUUGAGGAGACUGCCAACCUUACCCAAGCUUGUCACCUUCCUCUUGCCGCUGCUGCUCGAGAAAUCAUCCCAACCCUCCCAGUUUACAACUUCGACGGUGUUUACUCACGAGCUUCAUACAACGAAUGGUACAGUGAAGAAAAAUCAACUGGUUUCUUCUUGAACGGACAAUAUGUCGCCAACAACAUGUCAUUCAUCCCACGACACGGUUACCUUUCACUCGGUUCCCACUGGAAAUCAUUGACCAACUCAUGGUUGACCAUCGCUUACCAACAAAAGGGACUUGAACCCCUUCUCCUCGCCAAGAUUGAACAAAUCUUCAGCCCUGAAUGGUUCAUGGCCACUCUCUCAAAGUCCGGUAAGGUUCAAGGUGAAAAACCAAUCGAUGAAAUCUUCAAGACUCUUGGUAUCACCGAGCGAGCUGAAGAAGAAGCUAAGGUUAAACUUUUCUUCAAAUUGUUCGAACAAACUUCCCUCUUCACUUUGGACAAACACACCAUCGAAGCUGCUUACAAACAAUUCAACCAUGUUGUUCGAAACUUCGUCGGUCAAGUUAACGCCCGAACUGAAUACAAUUGGGUUCGAUUCACCAUGCCAUCAGGCUACGUUCAUGUUGUCCCAAGUGACCUCGGUUUACCCAUUGUCGUCUCAAAACAACGACCAAACAUUGUUGCUCUUCGACUCGAAGAGGCCACCAUCAAACCCGAUACUCCAACCUUGAAGUCAGUCUCAGUUGAAGCUACUCUUGUUCCCCAACUUUACUACACUUCAUCAAUGUCCGUCUCUGCUUUCCAACAAGGAAUCAAGAAAAACUUUGGUGCUUACUCACUCAAGAAGUUCAAUGUCCACGUUCCCGUUAAGGUUUCAUUCAACUUCGAGGCCGCUACCCGAGUUUUGACCUACUCAGUUGAGCCAACCCUUGACACUAAAGUCUUGCACACUUCCAACACUAACCGAGCUUUCCUUGCUGGUAACUACAUUGGUCUCCCCGCCAACGAAAGUCCAAUCACCAAGAAGGUUCUCAUCGAAUCACAUGUCCCAGCCUUCAAGACCAACCCACGACUCCCAUCACGAGAAUUGGGCAUGGACAUUGAACUUUCUUUCCGAACUGAACGACCCUGGUUCCUUAACGUUGAGAAGAUCCCAACCAAGGGCUUCCCAACCUGGAUCCUCGAGAAAUACGCUGAGAUGAACGAAUUCAACUUCGAUGCCGCUUUAACUCUCCGAGCCAACAAACAAAACCCAUCAGCUGGAGUUGCCGGUUCAUUCGACUACAACUUCGCUUUCGCCGGUGAUUACAAGGAACUUAAACACUCUGAAAACCACCACAUGGUCCACGAACGAUCAAUGCUCAAGAAACUCGGCCGACAAGAAACUCGAUCACUCCGAAUCACCAAGGAGGAGAUCCGAAAGAUCGCCGAAGAAAUGGUCUACAACUACCCUGGUGUUUUGCUUAACCGAAAGACUCCAACUCUUACCCGAGCCAUUAACUGGUCAUUCCGAACUCUUUCCCAAGAAGACGGUACCCACUACAACGCUACUCUUUACCUCAUCCAAUCCCUCGACUACCAAACCUACUGGGUCAAAUACGUUUCAACCCUUGAGCGACCUGAAGGCUCUUAUUAUGGUUUACCACGAGUUUUCCAAAUCGAAGCUAACAUCGCUCGACCUGCUCUCCCAACUGAACUCAAAUGGGAAGUUCCCCAAUUGAACAAAUUCAUCGGAAAGUACAUCGCUAACCUUACCUGGGGUGAAUCUUUCGAAACUCUUGCCCACGAAGACCGAACCAUCUUCAUCAAUGGUUUCUUACACCGAACUGUUGACGACCAAGUUGUCGGUGAACAAAUGAAGGCCAAAUCAUGGUAUCACGAACAAUGUUCAAAGGAUAUCAAGCAAAAGACUUUCAUGAGCUACGCUUGCCAACUUGUCGCUCACGAGCAAUCAUACUUCAACAAGGUCACUGGUACCGUUGAAUUCAAGUCAAACCUUAACGAAAAAUUGGUCAACUCAACCAACCUUUUCUACCAAGUAGCUAAGCUUCACCUUAACUCAUACUGGCGACCCUGGUCAACCAUUGCCUCAUACGCUGAGAAAAAUGUUGACGGAAAGAUCACCUUCGAGCUCAAACACUCAAACGCUUUCAACGGUCGACCUGUUGUCAACUUUGAUAUCCGAACUCCACAUGAAACUUCCAUUUGGUACAAACUUUUCUACCCAAUCCAACGAUUCGCUGGAUUCCACCCAAUUUUCUUCCAAAAGGCUUCAGUUCUUCCAAAAGAUCAAACUUGCGGUUUAAUGGUUAACCACAUUCGAACCUUUGACAAUGUCACCUUCGAAAAGCCAUCAACCAAGUGUGAAUACCUUUUGUCAAUGGACUGUUCACCCGCUCGACGAUUCGCUGUUACCGUUCAAGAAAUUGAACCAAAGAACCGAUUAGUUAAGGUUAUCGUUGGAAAACAAGUUAUCCUUGUUAAAUCAAUCGACAAAUACCAAGCUAUCAUUGAAAUUAACGGUGAACAAAAGACCGUUAAGCCAGGACAAUCACACAUUCUUAACCGACAACUUGAAAUUUUGGCUGUUCGAAUCUUCGUCCAAAAUGCUUACCUCGUUGUUGAACUUCCACAAGAACACGUUCGAGUUGUUACCGAUGGUCAAUUGGUCAAGGUUGUCACCUCACCACUUUACAUGGGUAAGACUUGUGGUCUCUGCGGUAACCAAGACCAAGAAGCACACAUGGAGCUCCAAGGACCCCAAAACUGUAUCUACGAAGUUAUCGAAGAUUUCCAAAACUCAUACUCACUCGGUGAAUGUCACAAUACUCCACCAACUGUCCCACCAACCUGCAAUCUUGUUCCAACUGUUACCUCACGAAAAAACAACCCAGAACAAUACAAGAACCAACGACGAGUUUACAACAGUGACACUAUUUUCUCAAACAACAACAUGAGACUUGAACGAGAAACUCUCGAAUCAAAGAUCGGUCAUCUCGAUUUCGAUACUCGAAAUGGUGAUUUCUAUUUACCCAUUCGAAAAACCCUUAUUGUUAAACAAAAUGGAGAAAACUGUUUCUCUAAAUACGUUGUUCCAACCUGUUUGAAUGGUGAGGAUGCUGAGGCCACUCACGAAAUUACCGUUCCACUUGUAUGUUUCCCACAAAUGCACCCAGUCUUCCACCAAUGGGUCGUAGAUUCUGAAGAACGAGUUAUCGACGAGGUCGCUCAAUACCAAUCAACCUCAACCUGGUCUUACAAGGCACCAAUCGUUUGUUACAGAAGAGAUUCUUCAAUCCGAGGCAUUUAAAUCAUCUCUCCCUCUUUUCUCUAAUUCUCUCUAAUUUUCUUUGCUAAAUCACAAUAAUGUAAUUUUCGAGUAUAAUAAUAUACACAAAACAAUUAAAUUCACAUAAAGAAAAAAAAA